ACUCAUAUACUCACACAGUCACGAAGCUAAAGCAAAACUUGAACUAGCACAGCUACAUCACCAGGCCCACUCACGAACUAGAGCGAGCAAGAGCAAUGGCUGCAUCCAGGCCGAGCAGCAUGGCCGUAGCAAUGGUGGCGGUCGUGGCCGUGCUCCUAUGCGCGGGCGUGCGGCCGGCGGAGGUGUGCAACGGCCACCCGUGCCCGUCGCCGGCGGGCAAUUGCCCCGUGAACGCGGUGAAGCUGGCGGUGUGCGCGGACGUGCUGGACGGGCUGAUCCACGUGGUGCUGGGGCAGUCGCGGCCCAAGCAGCCGUGCUGCUCCCUCAUCUCCGGCCUGGUCGACCUGGACGCCGCCGCCUGCGUCUGCCUCGCCAUCAACGCCAACGUCCUCGGCAUCAACCUCGACGUCGACGUCGACCUCACGCUGCUGCUCAACUACUGCGGAUGCAAGGUGCCCAAGGGCUUCCACUGCGCUUGAUUGGAUCAGCCAUCGUGCAUGCAUGCGUGUGCAUGUGCAUGUACUACGUGUCAGGUCGUGUGUUUUUGUUAUCAACAUCAGUACCGGUCGUACGUAAAACGUAUCUGCGUGUAGAGCGUGUGCGCUGGUUGUAAAAGCGACAUUUUCCUCCAAUAAAAAAGCACUUUUAUCCUGAAUAAUGGUUCGUGA